GGGCCGGAAGCAGGAAGGAGGACGCAGGCCGCAGGCCGCCGCGCCAGCUGUGCUGUCGGCCGGUGGAACUGUCUGUGGCUGGAGCAGGAUGGAGAAGCUGCGGCUUCUGGGCCUCCGCUACCAGGAGUACGUGACUCGUCACCCAGCCGCCACGGCCCAGCUGGAGACUGCAGUGCGGGGCCUCAGUUACCUGCUGGCAGGUCGCUUCUCCGAUUCACACGAGCUGUCUGAGUUGGUGUACUCUGCCUCUAACCUGCUUGUGCUGCUCAACGACGGGAUUCUUCGGAAGGAGCUGCGAAGAAAGCUGCCUGUGUCAUUGUCCCAGCAGAAGCUGCUGACAUGGCUGAGCGUGCUGGAGUGUGUGGAGGUGUUCAUGGAGAUGGGGGCUGCCAAGGUGUGGGGUGAAGUAGGCCGUUGGCUCGUCAUCGCUCUCAUCCAGCUGGCCAAGGCUGUCCUGCGCAUGUUCCUGCUCAUCUGGUUCAAGACUGGCAUUCAGACCUCACCCCCCAUUGUUCCGCUGGACAGGGAGACUCGGGCACAGCCAUUGGAUGCUGAUCACAAGCCAGGCAGCCAGGAGCCAUCCUAUGUGGGGAAACGGUCAAACAGAGUGGUGCGGACCCUCCAGAGCAGCCCGUCCCUGCAUGCACGACACUGGGGAGCCCCCCAGCAGUGGGAAAUUCGCCAGAAACAGCAGCAGGAGGAACUAAGCACACCCCCAACAUCUCUGGGGCUGCAGGAGACCAUUGCAGAGUCUCUGUAUAUUGCCCGACCCCUACUGCACCUACUCAGUCUAGGCUUCUGGGGUCAGCGGUCAUGGACACCCUGGCUACUAUCUGGUGUGGUGGAUAUGACUAGCCUGAGUCUCCUGAGUAACAGAAAGAGCCUGACUCGAAGGGAGCAGCUCGAGCUAAGGCGCCGCACAAUCCUGCUGCUGUACUACCUGCUGCGCUCGCCCUUCUACGACCGCUUCUCUGAAGCCAAGAUCCUCUUCCUGCUCCAGCUCCUUGCAGAUCAUAUUCCUGGUGUUGGCCUGGUAGCAAGGCCGCUCAUGGACUAUCUGCCCUCCUGGCAGAAGAUAUAUUUCUACAGUUGGGGCUGACCGACACGCAGGAGUGGGUCGAGUGGCCGUGUGUGCUCCGUUGCUCUGGGCCUGCCGCAGUCCUCCAGUCCCCCAGGUCCCUCUUCUCUAAUAAAACUGACUCUGGUCGUG